UUCGCCCGUGGAGGAGAAAAGAAAUCGCGCUCCGCAAACGAUUCCGGACCAUUGGCAGGUUCGUGUCCCCUACGUCCAAAAGCAGACAAAAAAGUUGAAGUCCUAAACGAUGAAGUUUGGUUGCUGUGCCGCGGCGCUUCUGGCGCUGGUGGCGUUGUCCACCUCCGCCCUGGCGUCGGAUGUUCCCGUUUUCAUCUGGGGCAAGCCAUCCGUGACCUACGUUCCGGCGCUGUCCCAGUACACGACGGCGGAGUUUGCGGCCCUGCUGGAAUCGCAGACCGAUGCCGGAACGUUCACGGUGGUGUUCGCCGAGGAGCGCCUCUCGACGGAGGAUUUGGCCCAGUGCAAGCUGAAGACGCAGACGUGCUUCCGGAACCUGGCCAAGGUCGAGCGCAAGUCGUACCUGCCGAGCGUGCAGGAACCGAUGGCCACGUUCGGGAGUGACUUUGAGGAUAUCCAGAGCGUUCAGCUGGCCGGGGAUGGUUCGCUGAGCGAGCGGAUUGUGCCGAAGGCGGGUUCCAUCGUGGUGGUCAACCUGAGCGGGGACGACUUUGCGUCACAUGACGCUUUGAUCGAUGGUUUAUAUAACCGACUGCGGGCGGAGUUCCCGAACCUGCUGGCCGUGUACACCGGCAAGACGCCGUCCUUCCGCUACUCGUCGCUGAUCCGUCGCACACGUCAGGCGGAACCGACCGUCCCCAAUGAUGUCCUCCAGAUUCCGAACACUUUCAUGAUGUACUACGAAAAGUUCGAGGCCGGCCCCGUCGGAGGUCCGUUGACCGCGGUGGUCUUCAACGGCGUCACCAAGGAGGAUGCCAACAGCUCGGACACCACCCUGCAGGUCAACCUGAGCGGUCCCGCGGCCGAUCUCCGCAUCAACUUUGCCCUCGCCCAAGGCAACUGGCAAAUCAUGGGUGUAACGUACAACCAGGUGCCGUAUUACCUGCGCCACCGCGUGGACAUCAACCAGCACUUUUCGUACCGCUGUAACGACAUGCGCUACGUCACGCCGGACAUGAAGAACGAAAUCGUGCUGACCGAGGUCCAGCUGCAGCCGCACUGGCAAAAACAAGACGAACCGGACUUUGUCAAGUUUGGCGACGCCUGGAACUGUGUUGGCUUCACUACGCCCGGAAUUCUCACCGGACUGUUCCUGGUGUUUAUUUUCAUCUUCAUCGGGGCGUACGGCAUCACCUGGAUGAUGGACAUCCGCACGAUGGACCGGUUCGACGAUCCGAAGGGCAAGACCAUCACGGUCAACACGGCCGGAGAUUAAGCGCAGAGUUGUUUCUACGUACGCACAAAGAGUUCCAGUAAAGUAAAUAAAAAGUGCGCGCAACUUUCUCGUUUCAAUGUUUGGAAAGUAAUCGUUUCGAAUGUGGUCUACUGGAAUAAAUAGAAAAUUUGUCAAAAGA